AUGACACCAAUACUAUCAACAAUAUAUUCAACAUUUAAAUCAUCAACAACACCAAAUAUAAUAUCAUCAAUAAACACAAAAAUGUCAUCAACAAUACAUCAAUGCGAUGAAAUGUCUUAUAUAUACGAAACAACUUUACAAAAAUUUAACAACUAUCAUGAACGAGAGAAAAGUUUAAGGAAGUUCGUGUUGCUUCAAGACGAUAUAAAGAAAGAAGAAGAAACUUGGUUGGAUGCUUGUUUAGAUAAUGCUAGUUUAGACGAAUACGAUGAUGGUUAUGUUUAUGUAAUUAAACCUAAUGAUGGCGAUCAACAAAUAAUCGGUGAAGUUGGAGGUGUUGUAGUGGCAGGAGAAAAAGAAGAAAAAGAACCAAUAAUUAACUAUAGAGAUGAAAUAAUAAUACCUAAUGAUCUAUUUUUAGAAGAAUCCAAGAUUAAUAGUAAUAUUAACAGUAAAAUUGGCAAUAAUAAUAUCAUUAGUAAUAACAAUAAUAUUUCUGAUCAAGAAUUUCAUCCAUAUUGGAAAGAUAAUAGUAUAAUACGACCAAAAUCAGCAUCUCUACCACCUUCUAUUGAUCAUUAUCGUCCAUUUUUCGAUCAAAAAUCAUCAUCAGAUAAUGUUAAUCAUGGAAUGUUAUCGGAUAUUAUUAGUAUGUUGGAAUGGUACGGUGGAAAGAAAAAUGAUUCAUCUAAUAACAAUGGUAACAACAAUGAUCCUAAUAACAAAAACACGACAACUACAGCCACAGAAUGUGUUAAUACAUCUAUCAAUGCAAAUAAUUGGUUUGUAGAGUGUGAAAAAUGUUAA